AUGCUGACUAUUCCAAAGGAGAAGUUGAAUGAGGCCAUCAUGAUGCUAAACAAAAAUCUCCAAGAGAUCAAUAUCCAGAACAUGGACACGGAGCUCGUAGCUCAGAUGUUCAAGAACUACCAGUCCAACGUUCUUUUUCACCUGGAAGCAACAAACGGUCUGAAGGAUCCUGCGUAA